AUGGAGGGCUUUGAAGAACCAGACCUGAUUGCAGAAGCACAAAGAAAGGCAGAUCAAAUUUUGAGGGAAGCACAGUUGAAGGCAGAACAGAUUUUGAAGCAGGCUGCAGAGAAGACUUCUGCUCCAGCAGUGGUUCAAAGAAAGCUUUCAGACCAGUUCAAGACACCAGAUAGACCAACAUCAACCUUCAAGAGUCCAGCUUCCAGCAGAGAAUGUCUUGAAGAGAGCCAGGGUUCCAAUUCCAGUGGCAAAUCCCCUUUGUCACAAUUUGGUUUGGAGAAGUUUUUUGGCAGUCCAAAAGAGCAGGCAGAAGCAAGACCUGUUUUGGAGAGAAAGAUUUUAGGGAAAGAAAGAAAGAGAUCUAUUAGAGAGCUUGAGCUUGAUGAGUUGAAGCAGCAAUAUGUCAAGAGAUUGAAGGCAGUGGAGGAUUUAGGGGCAGAGAAGGCUAUUGUUCCAAGUGCUGUUGAGCUAGGAAAACUUGGAGGUAGACCACAUGUUGAAGAGUACAGCACUGCUGGAUUGAAGAGUAACAGGAGAAGAGCUGGGAUGCCUUCAAAGAGAAAGGAGUUCUCAGUUGUAGAGAAAGUCAAGAUUGCAGAGGACUUGGAGCAUAUGCAAAAGGAAUCUUCCAACAGCAGAGAGCUCUUCAAGAAAGGCAGGUCCAGAUAUGGCCUAGACACCAGGACCUUGAAGCACCUCAUGUCCAAAAAGAAAGAGUUUGAAGGUCAAAGGUCAAAGUUGAAGACAAAGAGAGGCAGAGUUGUAGGGUCAAGGUUUGUCAGGGCAAAGGGCGCAGGCAGAAAGUUGGAGUUUCAGAAGGAGAUUGACAAGGUCAAAGAAAUGGUUUCGAAGGAGAGGUCCAAUGGAGUUGUGCUUGCAAAGGGUGACCUUCUGGAUGAGUUUCUAGCACAACUGAUUUCUUCAGCCCAAGAAUGUUUGAAGCAAGCAGAGCUUUCAAAGAGUGAGGGCCAGAAGAAGUCUUGGAACCUUGAAGCCAAGGCCUGCUUUGCCAGAAGGGACAAGCUUCUAGCCAGCAAGAAGUACAGGCAGUCUUUCUCCAGCAGGCUUUUAGAGUACUGUGGUGCAAAGGAAGUUGGCAAGGAGUUGGUAAGCCCUUUGAGUGCACUUGAAGAGAAAACGCGUGUUCAAUUGUCUUGGCAAGCCAUUGACAGAAUGGUGUGGCUUGCAGGUGCAGCCCCUGAGGCAGACCUCUUGAAGUCUGAUCUCUUUGCAGAGCCCAAGGAUGUGUUGAAGCCUGGAGUUAGGGAAUUGCUGACCAUUGGCUUUUCAGACCAGGUCCCACUUUGGGCCAAAGCUGAGAGUUCAAAGAUGGUGGCUUCUAGCGAAGAACUUUCGGGCAUCACAGUUGCAGACAGGAAGCAGUUUGAUCUGUUCAGGAAAGACCUGCUUCAAGCUGUUGAUUUCUUCAAGCCAGAAGAUGCUUCCAGCCAGGUGGUGACCUUGGAAGGCACAGAAAAGUUUGCAGGUGGCAGGAGGAUUGCAGGAAGUUUGACUGCCAAGGGGGUUGCAGAGAAUUCCAAGUUUAGAAUCACUUAUGAGGCGCGCCAAAGAAUUGUAGGCUUGCCAGUUGGGAGUGAUGGUGUUAGAGGGGAGGUUGCUGCUGGACUACUGGUUUUUCCAGGGGUGCAUGCAAGGCUGUCAAACCUUGACAGCAAUGGCAGGUGGAUUAAAAGUGAAGAGUUUGAAGUUGCAGGUUGCAAGAUUGUUCACAAGGCAGGUGAGGCUUCAAAGGCAUUGAAGUGGGCUGUUGAUUUGAGGAAGGAAGCUCCUGAGCUAUUUGAAGGCAAGCUGGACAUUAUGAGUCAGCCUUCCUGCAACCUUGACAGUGUUCUUUUGAAGUGGGUGAUUGAAGACCAGAUUGAAAAAGAACCACUUGCAGUCUGGAUUAGAGAUAGCUUUGCAGCCAUUUUUUCAGAGGAGAUUAGAGAAACCCAGGCCCUUGGAAACCAACUGUCAGCAAUUCUUUUAGGCAAGACAACCCAAAGGUUGCAGCUGACAGACACAGAUUUUGCCAGAGCCUUCAAGGCUGAUUUCAGAAAGGCUCUUGCAGAGAAGAGGAGUUCUCACAGGCUUGAAGGCAAGGAGGGCACUUUCAAGAUUUCCUACAGGACAGUGAUUGAAGCCACCCUUCAAGCCCAGGAGGCUGCAGUCAAGAGAAACUUGGAGACUUCAUGGGUGAUUAGAGGAGCCUUCAGAAAUGCACUUGUCAUUUAUAGGCCAGACUUCAACAAUGGUACUUUGCAGCCACUUGAAGCAAAGGAUUGUGGUCUUGAACAGUUGGAGCUUGGGAGCCACAGGAUUCCAAGUGAAUGGUUGGUUCCCAGAAAGGGCUGGUUGCAGGCUGGCAUUCCAAUGGCGCCAGAGUUCUCUUUGAGCCAGGCAGCAACCAAUGUUCAGAACCUUCUAGACUGGGCUGCUUACACAAACCCAGCCCUUGAAGAUGAGGAAGAGAAUCCCCUAGACAUUGAUGAUUCCAUUGAAGAGCCUGGUUUGUUGAAGGCUCUUAGAGAGAAGCUUAAAGGAAUGAGCAAGAAGGAAGCAAUUGAACAGGUGGUUGCCAAGAGCAAUGCAAGCAAGAAGAAGAUUUCAGCCAUCUUCAAGCCUGGUGCAAAGACAAAGCCAUCCAUUUUCAAGAAAGCAGCUUUGAAAAGUCUCAAGAAAAGCAAGGCAAAGCAGGAGGCAGACAAGAGCAUUCCAGCAGCCUUGAAGGAUUUGAAGAAGAAGACAGAGCUGGAUGCAGUUGUUGAAGCUUCUGGGGAGACAGUUCAUUGUAGAAUUGUUUCAGAGAGUGAAGGGAAAGGGAAGUAUGGGAAAGAAGGGAUGGUUGAAGUGAAGAGCUUGGAGAAAGAUGGGGGUGAGUUUUGCCAGCUCAUUGGAGACAAGCACACAGUUGUGACUUGCAAGGUUUCAAGUCUUCUUGUCAAGCAAGACACAUGGCUUCCAGUGAAGGAGUGGCAGCCUUUCAGCAAGCUUUCUAGAAAAAGUAAAGGUGAAGCCCUUUACAUGAUUGGCUUGAAGCCAGAGCCCUUUGCAAGCGCGGGUGAUGAUUUGAUGGACCUUCCAAGUCAGGAUGAGAACUUUGAUUCUCAGCAUAUGCUGCUUGGCUUUGAGCUUUUGAGGUGGCAGUUCAAGGACUACUUGAAGGAGGUGGCCUUCAUAGACCCUUAUUUGACAACAAUGUAUUUGAGAGAUGAGGAUGUUCCACAAAGAGAGCUGUUGAAGAAGACCAUUCAAGACUUUGGGGAAUCAGAUUCGCGGGUGCUUCUUUGUCCAAUUUGGAGUGCAAAGACAAUUUGUCAUUGGACUCUGCUUACAGCUGAGAGGGUUGAAGGGAAGUGGUCUUUUAGGUACAGGGAUACCUUGGCAGACCCAGUAGAAGAUUCCUUGAAGAAGGCUUGCAGUAUAGCCAGCCUUUUGCAGAAGGAAGAGGUUUCUUUGAAGAUUUACAACUCUUUCCAGCAAGUUGGAAGCACAUGUGGGCUUUGGACUCUUGCAUACAUGAUGGAAGAGGCUUGCAGCUUGUUUGAAGGCUUGGCUUCCAGAGGACACCCAAACAUUAACUUCUUGAGGAUGAAGUUUGUAGCUUGGUGGCACCAGCUUUCAGCAGAGAAGCAAAAGCUUGAAGAAAGCAAGAAGGAACUUGAAGAGAAGGCAGAGAAAAUUUCAGUCCAGCAAGAGAAAGCCAAGGAGAAAGCCUUGCAGCAGCUUUCCAAAUUGAAGAGCCAUACCAGUGCUGCAGCCAUUAAAGCCCAGCAGAUGCUUGAAGCCAAUAGCAAGUACUUCAAGCUGCAACAGCUGAGUGAGGCUUCAAGGUACAAGAUUGAAGGCAAGGCUUUGAAGUACUACUGGAGCAAAGAGGAGCUGGAUGAUAAGCUUCAGGAGGCCGUGGUACAGAAGAACCACCUCUUGCAGGUCUUGAACAAAGAGGAUUUGGAAGGCCAGUUUAGCAAGUUGGUGGAGGGCUUGUCCGAUGCGAAGUCCACCGCGGACAUGGCGCGGGUCACCAUCUUGUACGGCAGUGAGACGGGUAACUCCGAGGAGCAGGACAUCCGCGCACGUGGACUGAAGGCUCAGGUGAGCAGCUGUGAUGAUUUCGACUUCGAGGAGCUGCCGAACCAGAAGUUGGAUCUGCCGAUGAGUUGGCUCUCCGGAACGAAGUUCGCCGUCUUCGGGCUGGGCGACUCCACCUACAGCCAGUUCUGCGUGGCGGCCAUUCAGUUCGACACGCGCCUCGGCGAGCUGGGCGGCCAACGCCUCCUGAAGCGCGGCGUGGGCGACGACCGCGACGAGGACGGCGGCCCGGGACGUGCGUGCGGGGCGUUGCGUUUCGAGUGGGAGCAGGGCAGGGAAGGCGUUCUUUUUGUCCAAGACUUGCUGGGUGUUUCCUGCAAGGACCGCUACUACACCGGCUGGGAGGCAUGGCUGCCAGAGCUUUGGAAGGUCAUGGGCCUCCCACAGAUGCCACUCUCACAGGACCAGCUGGGCUUAAAGUCUCCUUGCCAGCGCUUGACGGAGGCGCCUGCGCCUUGCUAUCGCGUGGACGUCAGCUGGGGGGUGGUGCCACAGCCCUGCAUGUGGCAGAAGAACGUGGCCGAAGCUUGCAGUCGCGGCAGCGGCAAGCCUCCCAUCAGCGACGAUGACAUCGUGCCGCCGGGCGCCGCGAAGCUCACCCUGCUGCACAACUCCCUGCUGGUGCCGGAGAAGUACGAUCGCGACAUCAGGAUUGAGGGAACGCCAGUGAGCUACAAGACGGGUGAUUCCCUGGCCGUUUGGCCACGGAACCCCUUUGACAAAGUGGAGGAGUUCUGCAAGGAGAUGGGUUUCGACGCCACGCAGAACUUGCGGGUUUUGCCCAUGGAAGGUGCACGCAACUGGUGCCCGCAAGAGCUCUCGGUACGGCAAUUGUUCAGCCACGUGCUGGAUAUCUUUGGCAAGCCCAACCGGAAGUUCUUCGAGACGCUCUCCUUCUUUGCCAAGGAUGAGGCCGACAAGAAGGCAUUGCAGAGCGUGGUGGAGAACAACGCCGAGGGCCAGGCGUUGUACCGAGACUUGACCCACGACUUUGCACACCACGCGGACGUCUUCAAGAAGUUCAAGAGCGCGCGGCCACCCAUCGAGCAAUUGUUGAACAUGAUCCCUGUCCUGAAGCCCCGCAGUGUUUUGGAUGCAGCGGCACCGUGGAGUCGCUACUCCAUUGCCAGUUCACCGUUGAUGCACGCGGACAAGAUCCAGCUGCUUGGUUUGCGGGACUGGCUGCAAGGGAACGACCGAAAAGGACCGCUGUGCGUGGUGUUGGUGGACUGGACGGUCGAGAGCACCAAAGAGCUUCGUCUGGGCGAAUGCACAGGCUACAUGCGACAGCAGAAGCCGGGCGCCACCAUGAUGUGCGCCGUCCGGCAGAGUGCCAUUGUCUUGCCAAAGGAUCCAAGCAAGCCGGUGAUCAUGGCGGGCAUGGGCACUGGUCUUGCUCCAUGGCGCGCCGUCACACAGGACGAGGGGGGAGCAUGCGCCCAUAGGUUGAACGUGGGGAAGGCCAUCCUCCACUCGCAGCGCCGAUUUGAGGAGUACCUCUACAAGGAUGAGUUUGAGAGCUACAUCAAGGAAGGUGUCCUCUCCAUGCACACGGCCUUCUCGCGUGAGCAGGUGCAGACUUCCGCCGAGACCUUCGGAGCUCGACCGCGGUGCUCGCUCCGCGGCACGGACCUUCGGUCGCCGGAACCGGUGCCGAAGGCGCGCAAGAUCUAUGUGCAGCACAAGAUUGUGGAGGCCGGGGAGGCUGUCCACCAGUGCAUGCUGAAGCAGGAGGGUCACUUCUACGUGUGCGGCUCUGCGCGACAAGUCCCUGAGGUGAUGAUGGCGAACGAGCGGGUGAAUGAGGAUGAGGCGGAGGCCAUCCUCUCGAACCUGAAGAUGGAGGGCCGAUUGCCACUCGUGGAUUGCGACACUGGACAACGGCUUGGCGUCAUCAUCUUUGUGGGGUUGGGAAGCAUCCAAGGUUACACGGUAGAGGUCUUGUGCAGCGGCGCCUCGGCCCUGAACGCGGUGCGUUUUUCGUCCCAGCGCACCCAGCGGAACUCUGGCCAAGGCCCUGAGGUGACUGGGACGACUCCCUUUGGCCCCUACGGCGGUUUGCUGCAUGCCUUCCUGCACCCAGACCGCCAGUCGGAAGCCCCUGAGCGGCUCCAACCCUUGGGUGCGGGCACCGGUGCAGCAGACGUGGAGUAUGAGCAGUUCUUGAAAGCCAAGGAGGUGCAGCGAGCGAUGUUUCAGGCUGAGAACAAGACCAUCGUCCAUCAGUGCGCGGAUACCGAUGUGAUCCAGCCCACUGAGAAGUCCAUUGCCUGCAUCGAUGGCAACCAGGCGGCAGCGCAUGUGGCCUAUGCCCUCAGUGACUGCGCCUUCAUUUAUCCCAUCACCCCCAGCUCGCCCAUGGGCGAGAUGGUUGAUGAGUGGGCUGCUCAAGGGCUCAUCAACUGCUACGGCCAGAAGCUGAGUGUCACCGAGAUGCAGAGCGAGGCGGGCGCUGCCGGCGCCUUGCACGGGGCUUUGAAGGCCGGUGCCUUCUCGACCACCUUCACUGCCAGUCAAGGACUGCUGUUGAUGAUUCCCAACAUGUACAAGAUUGCCGGCGAGCUGUUGCCAUGUGUGAUGCACGUGGCCGCCCGCGCCUUGGCCGGGCAGGCCUUGUCCAUCUUCGGAGACCAUCAGGACGUCAUGGCUUGCCGUUCCACCGGAUGGGCGAUGCUGGCGUCGGAGAGCGUGGAGAUGGUGCAGUACAACGCGCUGGUGGCGCAUUUGGUCUCCAUGGAACGCCGUGUCCCCGUGCAGCACUUCUUCGAUGGCUUUCGCACCAGCCACGAGGUGAACAAGGUGAAGUUGAUCGAUUACAACACCAUGAAGCAGCUCAUCAACUGGGAUGCCGUGAAGGAGCACCACGACCUGGCGAUGAAUCCUCGCCACCCCCACGUGCAGGGCACCUCUCAGGGACCGGACAUCUUCUUCCAAUGCGUCGAGGCCGGGAACACUUUCUAUGACGGCUUGGCAGACCUCUUCGAAGCCAAGUCCAAGCUGGUGGAGCAGAAGACGGGAGUUCACUAUGCCCUCUAUGCCUAUGAAGGACACAAGGAUGCAGAGUACGUGAUCGUGGUGAUGGGCAGUGGCGCAGUGACCUGCAGCGAGACGGCCACGUACCUGCAGGAGAAGGGUGAGAAGGUGGGCGUCUUGAAGGUCCGCUUGUUCCGCCCAUGGGACGCCAACCGCUUCAUGGCGGCGCUGCCGAAGACGUGCAAGCGCAUCUGCGUGCUGGACCGCACCAAGGAGCAGGGCUCGCAGGGGGAGCCUCUCUUCCUGGAAGUGUCCACCACGUUGAAGGCCAUGGGCCGGGCAGAGAUCGUCUGCAUUGGAGGCCGAUAUGGAUUGGGUUCCAAAGAGUUUACUCCGAACAUGGUGCUCUCCAUCUAUGAGAACUUGAAGAAGGAGACCCCGAAGCCGCGCUUCACGGUGGGCAUCGUGGAUGACGUCACGCACCUCUCCUUGCCGGUCGGCGAGUGGCUCAACGUCCUGCCACAAGGCACCACUGAGUGCAUGUUCUACGGCUUGGGCUCCGAUGGCACCGUGGGCGCCAACAAGAGUGCGGUGAAGAUGAUUGCCAUGGGCACCGAGUUGUACGCGCAGGCCUACUUCGAGUACGAUGCCAAGAAGAGCGGCGGCGUGACGAUCAGCCACCUGCGCUUUGGGCCGAAGCCCAUCCAUGCACCGUACAAUGUGCGAGCUGCGGACUACCUGGCCGUGCACAAGCCCAGCUAUGUGUCCAACUACGACAUGACCCGGUACAUGAAGCCCAAUGGCGUCUGUGUGAUCAAUUGCUCCUGGUCGGUGGAUGAGCUCAAGGACAAAUUGCCUCCCAAGAUGCGUCGGGACUUGGCGGUGAAGAAGGCGAAGUUGUACAUCAUCGAUGCGACACAGAUUGCAGUCAAGGCGGGACUGGGCAAGCGCAUCAACAUGAUCAUGCAGAGCGUCUUCUUCAAGCUCAGUGGUGUCAUGCCAUUUGAGGAAGCCAUUGAAAUGCUGAAGAAGAGCAUCAAGAAGAUGUAUGGCAAGAAAGGUGACAAGGUGGUGCAGAUGAACAUCGACGGGGUAGACGCCUCGGUGAGUGGCAUCAAGGAGGUGCCCGUGCCCGGCGACUGGGUCUCCCUCACCGUGCCCGGCGAGGCGGGCGCUGCCACUGGUGAGGUGGCCAAGGGACCUCGGAAGGUCAUCGACCUGUUGCCGAAGCAGUUCGCGGACAACGUGCAAAUGCCUUGCAACAACUUGGACGGCAACUCCCUGCCAGUGAGCACCUUUGUGCCGGGCGGAAGAGUGCCAUUGGGCACCAGCCAAUACGAGAAGCGCGGUAUCGCCAUCAACGUACCCAAGGUGGACAUGGACCUUUGCACCCAGUGCAACAAGUGCAGCUUGAUCUGCCCCCACGCCGCGGUGCGGCCCUUCCUGCUCACUCAGCAGGAGUUGAACUCCGCACCCAAGGACUUCAAGGAGGGCAGCCGCGCGGCCAUCGGCGGCGGAGUGCUGGACAACUACCAGUACCGAAUCCAGGUGUCGCCUUGGGACUGCACCGGCUGUGAGCUGUGCGUUCGCAUUUGCCCGGCGGAUGCCUUGAAGUUGGCCGAUGCCGGGAAGGUCAUCGAGGAGGAGGAGGCGAAUUGGAACUUCGCUGUGACCUUGCCAGACCGUGGAGAUGAGAUCGACAAGACGACGGUGAAGGGCUCCCAGUUCCAGAAACCUUACCUGGAGUUCAGCGGCGCCUGUGAGGGUUGUGGCGAGACGCCGCAUGUGAAGCUGAUGACGCAGCUGUUUGGAGAGCGCUUGGUGAUCGCCAACGCCACCGGCUGCUCCUCGAUUUGGGGCGGGUCCAACCCCUCGUUCCCCUACACCGUGAAUGCCAAGGGCGAAGGCCCCGCCUGGGCCAACAGCCUCUUCGAGGACAAUGCGGAGUUCGGCUUCGGCAUGCGAAAGGCCUUCAAGCAGCGACGCGAUUACUUGGCCAACCAAGUCGAGGAUGCGCUAGGAGACAAGGAGGUGACGAUGAGUGACGACCUUCGAACAGCCUUGCAACAAUACCUGGUGAUGCGCAAGGAGAACAUGCACGAUCUGCUGUUGCCGCGCGGUCGGAGUAUCUACCACCAGAUCAUGGAGAAGCUGGUGCCCCUGUUGGAGAAGGAGAAGGGUUCUCAUGCCAAGAUCAAGCAGCUCUAUGAACUGGAGGACAUGUUCGGCCGCAGCAGCUUCUGGAUCGUCGGUGGCGAUGGCUGGGCCUACGACAUUGGCUACGGCGGCCUGGACCACGUCAUCGCCUCUGAGGAGCACGUGAACAUCUUGGUGCUGGACACAGAGAUGUACAGCAACACCGGAGGUCAGGCCUCAAAGGCCACGCCCAAGGGCGCCAUGGCCAAGUUCGCCGAGGGCGGCAAGCUCACGCAGAAGAAGGACCUGGGUCAACUGGCGAUGACCUACAAGAACGUUUAUGUGGCGAGCAUCUGCGUCCAUGUGAACCCUCAACAGGCGGUGCGCGCCAUGAUCGAGGCUGAUGCGUACGCAGGACCGAGCAUCAUCUUGGCCUACGCUCCUUGCAUCAGUCAGGGCUUCCCUAUGGCCGAGUCGAUUCAGCAUUGCCAGAUGGCCGUCGACAGUGGUUAUUGGCCUUUGUACCGCUACAACCCGGAAGCCUCCGCGCAUGGGAACAACCCCUUCCAGUUGGAUUCCCGAAAGAUCAAGGGAGAUCUCUUCAAGUUCCUCGCCAAGGAGAACCGCUUUGCCGCGGUCAUGCGCCGAGACCCCAAGCACGCGCAGGAGCUGGACGACAAGCUUCAGGAGGCCGUGGUGCAGAAGAACCACCUCUUGCAGGUCUUGAACAAGGAGGAUUUGGAAGGCCAGUUCAGCAAGUUGGUGGAGGGCUUGUCCGAUGCGAAGUCCACCGCGGACAUGGUCACCAUCUUGUACGGCAGUGAGACGGGGAACUCCGAGGAGCAGGCGAAGAAUCUCAUGCAGGACAUCCGCGCACGUGGACUGAAGGCUCAGGUGAGCAGCUGUGACGACUUCGACUUCGAGGAGCUGCCGAACCAGAAGUUGGUGAUUUUGGUGGUGUCCACUUGUGGCCUGGGCGAAUUCCCAGCCAACUGCAAGCAGACCUGGUUGAAACUCCAAUCCCAGGACCUACCGAUGAGUUGGCUCUCCGGCACGAAGUUCGCCGUCUUCGGGCUAGGUGACUCCACCUAUAGCCAGUUCUGCGUGGCGGCCAUUCAGUUCGACACGCGCCUCGGCGAGCUGGGCGGCCAACGCCUCCUGAAGCGCGGCGUGGGCGACGACCGCGACGAGGACCGCUACUACACCGGCUGGGAGGCAUGGCUGCCAGAGCUUUGGAAGGUCAUGGGCCUCCCACAGAUGCCUCUCUCGCAGGAGGCGCCAGCCCCUUGCUAUCGCGUAGACGUCAGUGGCAGCGGCAAGCCUCCCAUCAGCGACGAUGACAUCGUGCCGCCGGGUGCCGCAAAGCUCACCUUGCUGCACAACUCCCUGCUGGUGCCGGAGAAGUACGAUCGCGACAUCAGGCGCCACGGCAGGAUUGAGGGCACGCCCGUGAGCUACAAGACCGGCGAUUCCCUGGCCGUUUGGCCGCGGAACCCGGUUGACAAGGUGGAGGAGUUCUGCAAGGAGAUGGGUUUCGACUCCACUCAGAACUUGCGGGUUUUGCCCAUGGAAGGCGCACGCAACUGGUGCCCGCAAGAGCUCUCGGUGCGGCAAUUGUUCAGCCACGUGCUGGAUAUCUUUGGCAAGCCCAACCGGAAGUUCUUCGAGACACUCUCCUUCUUUGCCAAGGAUGAGGCCGACAAGAAGGCAUUGCAGAGCGUGGUGGAGAACAACGCCGAGGGCCAGGCGUUGUACCGAGACUUGACCCACGACUUUGCACACCACGCGGACGUCUUCAAGAAGUUCAAGAGCGCGCGGCCACCCAUCGAGCAAUUGUUGAACAUGAUCCCUGUCCUGAAGCCCCGCAGCUACUCCAUUGCCAGCUCACCGUUGAUGCAUGCGGACAAGAUCCAGCUGUGCGUGGUGUUGGUGGAUUGGACGGUCGAAAGCACCAAAGAGCUUCGUUUGGGCGAAUGCACAGGCUACAUGCGACAGCAGAAGCCGGGCGCCACCAUGAUGUGCGCGGUGCGGCAGAGUGCCAUUGUCUUGCCGAAGGAUCCAAGCAAGCCGGUGAUCAUGGCGGGCAUGGGCACUGGUCUUGCUCCAUGGCGCGCCGUCACACAGGAGCGUGUUUGUCAAAAUCGACAAGGCCUCAAAGUGGGCCCUUGCCACCUCUUCUUCGGCGCCCGCUACAACGCGGAAUACCUCUACAAAGACGAGUUUGAGAGCUACAUCAAGGAAGGUGUCCUCUCUAUGCACACGGCCUUCUCGCGUGAGCAGGCGCGCAAGAUCUAUGUGCAGCACAAGAUUGUGGAGGCCGGGGAGGCCGUCCACCAGUGCAUGCUGAAGCAGGAGGGUCACUUCUACGUGUGCGGCUCUGCGCGACAAGUCCCUGAGGACAUCUACACUGCCAUGAAGGAGGUGAUGAUGGCGAACGAGCGGGUGAAUGAGGAUGAGGCGGAGGCCAUCCUCUCGAACCUGAAGAUGGAGGGCCGUAGCUUGGGCGAAAUGGAUCGAAAUGGAGGAUUUCUCGGUGGAGAAAUCUCCGGACUCACACCAGUUUGGUCGGUGCAUGGACUGACUAUUGGUGAGAUUUUUGAACGAACCACCAGCCCGGCCCGACAAUGUGACAAACUGGAUUGACCCAAGACAAGAGAGAGGUGUCAUUUGCAAAUCUGUGGCAAUCUCCCUGUGCAUCUUCGCCAACCACAUGUUUGAAUAUUUGGGUGCGUAUUGAAACAGGGAGACCUCCCAAAGGCCCGCUGGAAGAAGGAACAAAGACCAGUCUACUCAUUGGUUGGAUGUUUCCCUAUUAAAAUACACACCCAUUUGUUUGGGGGAGAAAAC